GAAGCUCAGUAUUAAAAUUAAAUUCAUUCCAAAUUCCAGAUAAAUUUACAUGUAAUGCAAAUGCAAAUGCACAUGCAAGUGAGUGCGGAUGUGCUGAUAUGCACUGCGUUAUUAGGGUUUCUCUGUUUGUUCCUCCUCCGGAGGUUCCACGGCGGCGAUAGGGGGCGGCGGCUGCCGCCAGGGCCGAAGCCAUGGCCGAUCGUCGGAAACCUGCCUCAUCUAGGACCAAAGCCUCAUCAAUCGACGGCGGCGCUGGCGCGCGUGCACGGACCGCUCCUGCACCUCAAAUUAGGAUUCGUACACGUGGUAGUGGCGGCGUCCGCCGCCGCGGCGGAGAAGUUUCUGAAAGUGCACGACGCCAAUUUCUCGAGCCGGCCGCCGAACGCCGGCGCGAAGUACGUGGCGUAUAACUACCAGGAUCUGGUGUUCGCGCCGUACGGACCGAGGUGGAGGUUGCUUCGCAAAAUCUGCUCGCUGCAUCUCUUCUCCAACAAGGCGUUGGACGAUUUCCGCCAUAUCCGACAGGAAGAGGUAGGAAUCCUCAUCCGCGCUCUUGCAAACGUACAAGGAACCCCGGCAUACUUAGGCCAAAUGAUUAAUGUGUGCGCAACAAAUGCAAUAGCCCGUGUAAUGUUAGGGCGACGAGUGGUUAGCCACAAAUGCGGGGGCGUGGAUGCCAAAGCUGAGGAAUUUAAAGCCAUGGUGGUCGAGCUCAUGGCAUUGUCGGGUGUUUUUAACAUUGGUGAUUUUAUACCACCGCUCGAAGGCUUGGACUUGCAAGGAGUGGCCGCUAAGAUGAAGAAACUCCACUUGCGUUUCGACGCAUUCUUGGCCAAAAUACUUGACGAGCACAAGAUGAAUGACUCUAAUCAUGUUACAAGACAUGCCGAUCUCUUGAGCACGUUGAUCUCUUUGAAAGAUUCUGGUAAUGCCGAGGGAGGCGGGCUUACCGACACCGAGAUCAAAGCAUUGCUUUUGAACCUCUUUACUGCUGGGACCGAUACGACAUCGAGCACUGUGGAAUGGGCUAUAGCCGAACUAAUCCGCAAUCCAAAAAUAUUGGCGAAAGCUCAACAAGAACUCGAUGCGGUUGUAGGAAAGGACCGUCUUGUGACUGAAGAUGACUUAUCCCAAUUAACAUUCCUCCAAGCCAUAGUCAAGGAAAACUUUCGGCUCCACCCAUCAACCCCGCUUUCUCUUCCAAGAAUUUCGCAAGAAGAUUGUGAUAUCAACGGAUACUUCAUCCCAAAAGGCUCUACGCUUCUCGUAAAUGUUUGGGCCAUAGCUCGCGAUCCUAAUGCAUGGGUCGAUCCACUAGAAUUUCGGCCCCAAAGAUUUUUGCCAGGCGGAGAAAGGCCUAAUGCCGAUGUAAAAGGUAAUGACUUUGAAUUGAUCCCUUUUGGGGCCGGCCGAAGAAUUUGUGUGGGGAUGAGCUUAGGGAUACGUAUGAUCCAAUUGCUUACGGCAACACUGGUUCAUGCUUUCGACUUUGAAUUGGGUGAUGGGCUAUUGCCGGAAAAGUUGAACAUGGAGGAGGCUUAUGGACUUACAUUGCAACGGGCUGAACCGUUGAUGAUUUACCCGAAACCUAGAUUACCCUCUCAUCUUUACAAAGAUAUAUUAUAAUUAUCUUAAAUUUAAAUUUUAGAAUCAAAAUUUAAUAAUAAAAAAAAAAGUUUCAACUUUGAUAAAGUAUUGUAUUUUCUAAGUUCUUAAUGUAUUAAUCUUUUUGCGUA